AUGCCUUCCCCCGUGGUCAUCCUCACCGGCGCCAGCCGCGGCCUCGGCCUCGCGAUCGCACGUUCCCUCCUCUCUGUGCACGGCGCGCGCGUCGCGACGCUCCAGCGCACGCUGACCCCCGAGCUCGAGGCGCUCGCUGGCGAGUUUGGCGCCGACCGUAUCCUCAACAUCACCGGCAGCGUCGCAAAGCCAGAAGACAAUGUCAAGGUCGUCGACGCGGCCGUCGCCAAAUGGGGCCAGCUCGACAGCGUGAUUCUCAACGCCGGCACGCUCGACCCGCUUGGCAAGCUCGCCGACGUGCCCCUCGACUCGCUCGUCCCCGCGCUCGAGACCAACCUCCUGUCUGCGCUCUACCUUCUCCAGCCGGCCCUCCCGCACCUCCGCAAGGCGGCCGCUGCGACCGCCCCCGCGCGAGUCAUCUUCGUGUCGUCCGGCGCGGCGGUGGGCGGAUACCAGGCCUGGGGCAUGUACUCGCUCGCCAAGGCUGGCCUGAACAGCUUUGCGCGCACAUUUGCGAGCGAGGAGCGUGAGGCUGGCGUCGCCUUCCUGUCUGUCCGCCCCGGCGUCAUUGAUAUGCAGGCACACAUCCGCGCCGUCGGCCCCGGCGCAAUGGCCCCUACCGACAUGUCCAAGUUCAACUCGCUCCACGCCGAGGGCAAGCUCCUCCGGCCCGAGCAGCCGGGUUCGGUGAUUGCCGGCGCAGCUGUGGGUGUGGGCCUCGAGCUGUCGGGCGAGUUUGUCAACUGGGAGGACGAGAGGUUGGCGGCGUGGCGCGAGAAGCAGUAG